AUGGCGGUCUUGAGGGUGAAGUUCACCAAGACCAAGCGGGAUAAGUUGGCCCAGGUGCUGUGGAUCCUUAACUGGAUCUCAGUGUUGACAGGGGCUAUCCUGUUCAGUCUGGGGCUCUUCCUCAAGGUGGAGAUCAACAAGCGAGCAGAGCUGAUGGCCGAGAGGGACAUCCAGUACGUGCCCAACAUGCUCAUAGCCGUGGGCUUCAUUGCUUGUGCCAUCAACUUCCUGGGUGGGAAGAUCUGCUACGACUGCGUGGACACCACCAAGUUCCUGCGCUGGAAGCUGAUCAUGCUGCCCUACAUCAUCUGCACCUUCUUCUUCACCUUCUGUGUGCUGGUGGGGGCGCUGAUGUGUUACAGCAUGCGUGGGGAGCUGGAGGAGUCUCUGGACCUGGGGCUGGCCGAGGCCAUGAAGUUCUACAAGGACACAGACACGCCGGGACGAUGUUUCCUGAAGCGCACUGUGGACAUCCUGCAGAUAGAGUUCCGCUGCUGUGGAAACAACGGCUACAAAGACUGGUUCGGAAUCCAGUGGAUCAGCAGCCGAUACCUGGACAUGUCUCAGAAAGAGGUGGUGGACCGAUUGAGGAGCAACGUGGAGGGGAGGUACCUGAUGAACGGAGUCCCCUUCAGCUGCUGCAACGUCAACUCCCCGCGGCCCUGCAUCCAGCAGCAAAUCUCCAACAACUCUGCCCACUUCAACUACGAGCACCAAACGGAGGAGCUGAACCUGUGGCUGAAAGGGUGUCGGCAGGCGCUGCUGGAGCACUACAACUACAUCAUGCAGUCCAUCGGCCUCGCGGUCCUCAUCACCUGGCUGUUUGAGCUGUCCGUGUUGACAGGAGUCCGUUACCUUCAGACCUCCCUGGAAAACGUGCUGAGGCAGGGGGAUCCCAAUUCCGAGUCGGACGGCUGGCUGCUGGAGAACAGCUUCAUGGAAACAGCCCGCACCAACCUGAACAUCAUCAAGAGCCUGGGCAAGAGCAACCAGAUCGACACGGCCGACAAUGGAGACCCAAACAUCAACGUCCCCUCCACGUCCAAAGCACACUACGGGCCGGACAACGUGCCGCCGAAGGAGAUCCCUGAAACCAGUUGA